AGGAUUUGGAGGCCUUCUGUGGGCUGGGCUGGCCUCGGGCGCCGCCCAGUGCCGCCCCGCCGCUCUGCGCGCGCCCGCGCGCGCGGCGAUGGCCGCGCUGGUGGAGCGCUGCUGCGCCGCCCUCUCGCGCUGGCGCGCCCAGGCCGCGCGCAGCAACAGCAGCGACCUCAUAGAGCUCGCGUCCGCGCGCGAGCCCCGCCUCGUCGGCGGCUGCCGCGCCAGCCUCGUCGGGGCGGCGCCGCCGCUGCCGCAGCCGCUGCGGGAGCCCACCGAGGCGCAGCUGCGCGACGGCGCGUGGCGCCGCUCGCGGGCGGCGAGGUGGAUGGAGGUCUGCGGCGCCGCGGUGCUCAAGCGCUCCAGCAGGGCGUCGUUCCGCGACUACGCGGCGCUGGAGCCCGGCGGCCGCGAGCUGUACAAGGAGGCCAUCGAGACGAUCGAGCGGGACGUGCCCCGAACGCUGCCCGGCUCGUUCCGGUUCCGGCUGUGGCGCGACUUGCUCGGCGAGCUGCGCACGUCCGGGGGCUACGAGGAGGCGCUGCGCGACAUCCUGGUGGCGCUCGUGCGGCGGCUGCAGACGGGCAUGCGAGGUGGGCAGCGGGGCUACACGCAGGGGAUGUCGAACAUCGCCGCCGCCCUGCUGGUGUUCGCCGGCGACGCCGAGGACGCCUUCUGGCUCCUCGUGGCCCUCGUCGAGCGGGUGGCCCCGCCCGACUUCUACGCGGAGCCGCCCGGCGCACUCAACGGAGCGCUGGUGGAGGCUGGGGUGGUCAGCUUCCUGCUGGAGCACACCGGCGCCGGGAGGUUCAGCGCCGACGAGAGGGCGUCCGUGUCGCAGAUCCUCACCGUCAAGAUGGGGGUCCCUUUCCUGGUAGACUGCGUGCCGCCCGCGCUGACGAUCGCCAUCUGGGACCACAUCCAGGGGUGGACCUGAACACGGACUUCAUCCUCGAGCGCUGCCGCGCCCGCGC